GCAGCGGCGGCGGUCCACCCAGCGCGUCCCGGCCCGGCCUCCCGCGCCCCGCGCCCCCGAGUCCCCGCGUCCCGCGUCCCGCGUCCCGCGCCCCGCGCCCCGGGCCCGAGCCCCGGCCUCGCCGCCCGCCAGGCCCCGCGCCCCGCGCCCAGGACCGGCCCGCCCCGCUCAGCCCGCAGGCCGCUCGCCGCCGCGCCGCCAUGGGGGUGGAGGGCUGCACCAAGUGCAUCAAGUACCUGCUCUUCGUCUUCAAUUUCGUCUUCUGGCUGGCCGGAGGCGUGAUCCUGGGUGUGGCUCUGUGGCUACGCCACGACCCGCAGACCACCAACCUCCUCUACCUGGAGCUCGGAGACAGGCCUGCACCCAACACCUUCUACGUAGGCAUCUACAUCCUCAUUGCCGUGGGUGCCGUGAUGAUGUUCGUCGGGUUUCUGGGCUGCUACGGGGCCAUCCAGGAGUCCCAGUGCCUGCUGGGGACGUUCUUUACCUGCCUCGUCAUCCUCUUUGCCUGUGAAGUAGCUGCGGGCAUCUGGGGCUUUGUCAACAAAGACCAGAUCGCCAAGGACGUGAAGCAGUUCUAUGACCAGGCUUUGCAGCAGGCCGUGGUGGACGAUGACGCCAACAACGCCAAGGCCGUGGUCAAGACCUUCCAUGAGACGCUCAACUGCUGUGGCUCCAGCACGCUGUCCGCGCUGACCACGUCCAUGCUGAAGAACAACCUAUGUCCCUCGGGCAGCUCCGUCAUCAGCAACUUCUUCAAGGAGGACUGCCACCAGAAGAUCGAUGACCUCUUCUCGGGGAAGCUGUACCUCAUUGGCAUUGCGGCCAUCGUGGUUGCUGUGAUCAUGAUCUUCGAGAUGAUCCUGAGCAUGGUGCUGUGCUGCGGCAUCCGGAACAGCUCCGUGUACUGAGCGGACGCAGCUGCUCGCGCUGUGGGGCAGGCCACUGGGGACCCUGCAGCGCCCCCGGAGUGACCGGACGUUUCUGAGGAGGGCCGUCACCGCCCGUGUAUAUAACUUCUCCGGCAUCACUCUGCUACACUUAUUAGCCUUUUUACUUCUGAGGUUUCGUUUUUGUCCUGAAGUUCCCCAUUUCCCUUCCGGGCUGAAGUCACCUAUAGAUGGCAUGUGAGCGGGCCUUGGGGACUGCGAGGCGGGGCCCCCCCUGCUUCUGCGGCUGAGGGGCUCUGCCUGCUCAGCCAGGCCUCUCCUGGGGGCCCUGCGGCCCACCCACCUGCCUCCCGGGCUGCACGGCUCAUGCCUUUUUUAACCCCCGCUCCUCCCCCGCCGCCUGUCUAGAGCCGGGUCCGCAGCAGCCUUACGCCUUCAGCGCACCUGUCCUUUCUAACGCGUCACCUGCCACUGUAAUUACACCUCCAAGUCACUCAAUAAAGAAGGAGAAUCCGGGCAUGCUAA